AUGAUGACCGCCGCCGACGCCGUCGAGGACACGAUAACGAUGACCGUCGCUCUCACGGUGCCAAGGGCGACAGACGACAGCAGCACGACGAUGACGACUCCCGGUACAGGUCUCGGGGUGGUCAGCGGUCUGACCACAGGUCAGGUCGAGACCACGCCCAUGAGCGCAGCUCUCGUCGUGACUCUUCUCGAUCUCGGUCGCCAGCUAGGCCCCGCCGCCAAGUCUGUCGACGAACCUCAACCUCCCAAGACUUGGAUCCAUGAUGAUGACUAG